CAGAAGAAGAAGCAUAAGAAGUCCAAGAAGGAAGGCGAUGCCGGGGAAGCGACUGAAGGUGGUGGCGAGAAAAAGGAGGGUAAACGUGCACAGCGUGCCACCUCCAACGUUUUCGGCAUGUUCCCUCAGACUCAGAUCCAGGAGUUCAAGGAAGCCUUCACUUUGAUCGAUCAAAACCGUGAUGGUUUCAUCGACAUUGAGGACUUGAAAGACAUGUACGCCUCCUUGGGUCGUGCACCCUCCGACAAGGAGCUGAAGGAGAUGCUUGACGAAUCACCUGGUCCUCUCAACUUCACAAUGUUCAUCAAUCUCUUUGGCGAGAAACUCAACGGCACUGAUCCUGAAAGUGCUCUGUUGAAUGCUUUUGCAAUGUUCGAUGAGGACAAUAAAAAGUUCAUCCCCGAGGAGUACUUGAAGGACCUCCUUGAACACAUGGGUGAUAACUUUACCCAGGAAGAGAUCCGACAGACGUGGAAAGAGGCUCCCAUUCAAGCUGGACAGGUGGACUACGAGAAAUUCGUCCACCUCAUUAAGCGUGGCAAUGAGGAGCUUUAA